AUGAUACCGGAUGAUCAACAGAAAAAUUACGACUUAUUCCGGGACUGCCUCUCAUCUGUGCUGAUUGACAGAGUCACGAAACCAGAGCCAAAGGCGAGGCGGAGGGCCAAGUCCAAGAAGUCCCGGGAACAAACGAGUGUCAUCUCCUCAACAACGCAGGAGGAGGAGAGCAACAAACUCCAGGAUACAGAGGAGCUUGGUGACUUUGUUGAAUAUAUCGCUGCUGAGACGUUUGAAUCGCUACCCGAAGAGCUAAAGACUAUCGAACACCACGACUAUGCUCAGGACACGGACCUGCAAGCCCGCUAUUCUCUACCGCUUACAGGCGACGACGUCGGCACGCUAAUCCCGGCCCUUGACCCAUCCGUCUCCGAGUCUCUUCUCACGUAUGGCAUCGCGGACAAGGGCCGGGGCCAGGGUGCUCCAGAGUUCCUGGCGCCUGUACUGACAGCCUUCAUAUCGGCCAUUGCAGCACCGCCCCCGGCACCCAGCAGCACACGAACAACGGCAUGCGAAAUCUGCGGUCGGGACUGGAUCCCCUUGACGUACCACCACCUCAUCCCGCGAUUCGUCCACGCCAAGGCCGUCAAGCGCGGCUGGCACCGUGAGGAUGAUCUGCAGAAUGUUGCGUGGCUGUGCCGGGCCUGCCACAGCUUUGUACACAAGUUUGCGUCGCACGAGGAUCUAGCAAGGUAUCAUUACACUGUCGACUUGCUCCUCGAACAGGAUGAGAUUGUGCAAUUCGCCAAAUGGGUCUCCCGACUGAGAUGGAAGGGACGGUAG